CAUCCGCGGAGGGGGAGGACAGAGAGUGGGACGUGUUAUUGAGAGUAGCAGCAGCAGCAGUAGUAGUAGUAGUAAUAAUCGUAGUGGGAGGAGGACCAGGGCAUCAAGGCAGCCAUGAAAAGAGCGGGAAGAAAGACAGCUGAGCACGAGACACCGAGAGCAGCAGCCCGUGGGCACUGCGCUCACGGCGCGCGCGCCUAGUAGAGACACCGCGUCGAACGCGCGGCGCGCAAACCUGCUGCUGCUCUUCAGAUCCACCAUGACGGACAGCAUAAUGAGCAAGGCAGCCACCAUGGAGAUUCCCAUCAGCAGCAACGGAGAUGCUGGGACAUUACCUGAGGACACCAGCCUUGAGGAGGCAGCGCAGAUUCAGUGGAGCUUGGAUGAGAAGGACUUGCAGCAGGUUAUGGUGUCUGGUCCCAACCUCAACGAGACCAGCAUUGUGUCAGGUGGUUACGGAGGGGCCACUGAGGCGAUCAUACCCACCAGCUCCAUUAAAGGGCCUGCUAUUCACUUCAACCCUGAGUAUCUGGGCCGAAGAAGAGUGUCGCCACCUCGACAAGGGCAUGGCCUGCACCCCAGCAACAGCACCCCCUGCAUGAGUACUGAGGAGGUCCCACGGGGUAUGGCUGUGGAGAAGUUUGAUAUCAUGAAGAAAUGGGGCAUCAACACUUACAAGUGCACCAAACAAAUGAUCUCGGAGCGCUUUGGCCGGGGUCAGCGUACCAUGGACCUCGAGCUAGAGGCACAGAUAGAUUUCCUACAUGAUACAAAGCGCAAGUAUGAGCAUGUGCUGCGACUAGCGCGGGCGCUGAGCACACACCUCUAUAACGUGGUGCAGACACAACAUGCCCUGGGUGACACCUUCGCCGACCUCAGCCAGAAGUCGCCUGAACUCCAGGAUGAGUUUGGAUACAAUGCAGAGACGCAGAAGCUGUUGUGUAAGAAUGGGGAGACCCUGCUGGGUGCCAUCAACUUUUUUGUUUCUGGCAUUAACACCUUGGUGAACAAGACCAUGGAGGACACCCUCAUGACCGUCAAGAUGUACGAGAAUGCAAGGCUUGAGUACGACGCCUACCGUGCAGACCUGGAGGAGGUGAGCACGGGUCCAAGAGACGCAGUCACGCUGGCCAGAAUCGAGGCAGCACAGCAGCAGUAUCAGGUCCACAAGGACAAGUACGAGAGGCUGCGCAGCGAUGUCACCAUCAAACUUAAGUUCUUGGAGGAGAACAAGGUGAAGGUGAUGCACAAGCAGCUCCUGCUAUUCCACAAUGCUAUCUCGGCCUACUUCGCCGGCAAUCAGCAGCAGCUGGAGCAGACCCUGAAGCAGUUCAAUGUGAACCUGAAGCCCCCUGGGGCUGGAAAGCCCUCCUGGCUGGAGGAGCAGUAGUGGGCCUUGGAUCUGCAGUGGACUCAGCAGACUAAAACACAUGGAUGAUUAGAAGAAUGGACUACUUGAUGGUAAAAAGGAUCUAAAUCGGAGGUGCAGGAGGACCAAAAAGGUGCCAGUCCAGGACGGAUCCGUUGUGGUAGAUGCACUUCAGUAGAACAGGGACGUGUUUCCUUACUCCUUCCACAACACUCCUCUAGGUUUUUUCUUUCUUAUUCAUUUUAAGAAAACAGAAACUUAAGACAUUUAGUCCCACCCAUUGAAAUGUAACGUAUUCCAUGGACCUUAGUAUAAUUAUCUUUAGGCCAGUUUUUUUAUUACUUAUUAAGGUAAGCACCCCCAGGCUGAGCUGGAGGAAGUUGGGGGGGACAGGGGUGGCUGGGCCUCUCUGCUUUCCCUACUGUCACCGCGACCCUAUUAGAACAAGCGGAAUAGAAGAUGAAUGGAUGGAUGGACAUCCAGGCCAACGUUUAUGCUUUGGUUGGGAAAUUUUAUAGUCACUGAGUGAACAGGUUUUUCUCUGAAUAUUCUGGCUGAUUUACAUUAUCACCUUGUUUAUUUUCUUUCAUUUAUAGAGCUUGUUCUCACACUAUGACAACGAUAAAGGUACGCUGUUUACUUUUGAUUUUGGUUUUCAUCUGAUCAGUUUCCCUGUUGUUACAUGUCCUAAUCAUUUAGUCCAUUGUACAAUUCUCAAAUGACAACAACUAGCCUUAAUAUACAAAAGAGUUAUAAACCUGCAAUCAGUGGACAAUAUGGCUUUAAUUAAUAGGCUGCAUUCAGAGUGUGCGCCAACUAUCGGGGUUCGCACUUCUCAGCCUCCCUGGGAAAGUCUAUGCUGGGGUGCUGGAGAAGAGGCUCCGGUCGAUAGUUGAACCUUACCUUGAAGAGGAACAAUGCGAAUUCCAUCCUGGCCGUGGAACAGUGGACCAGCUUUUUACU